AAUUGUACUGGAUGGUUGUCUAAAUGUUUGCGCAAUAUGAACCUAAUUAGAAAUGAUUUCUUCAGAAUCUUGUCUUCAGGAAAAAAACAACCUAAUUUGAUGUUUUUCUGUUACAGAACAUCCUGCUUCUUUCCUCUAAUCUCUUCCUCCGUGUGCUUCCAUCGGCCACGGUGCCUCCACGUGGUUUUCAGAUCAUAUCAUCACUGUACAGUAAUCUCAUGUUAAUUUCCCUAUUAUUCCCCUGCCAAGAUAAUUCCACAAUCCACCUACAGUCGUAAACGUCACUGGACAGCUGAUAUUUAUCUGUGCCACUCAGAGGCUUCAAAGCCGCAGACAUCCCUGGAAUGUGCUGCAGGAUCGAAUGCCCAGGGGUCGAAUGUGGCCGCCAUAGGAGCAGGGGGCGGGGAGCUUGUGUCGUCACAUCACAGAGGAGGAGAGGUAUAAAGUUCAGACAGCAGCAGGAAAACAAGCAGAUCAGCAGCAGCAACAGUAGUUUCUCUCUGCAGAGGCUCAUCCGCAGCGCAUCAGCCAUGCCUACUCACAGCAGCCUUCUCCUUCUGGUCACUCUUUGGGCCUCGGUUCAAGAUGGUUUGGGUUUGCCGGUUGUGAAACAGGCAGAACCAGAAGCCGUCGACAGCGUGCGGACUCACCGGGUGAGGACCAAGCGCUGCUCCUGCAGCGAGCUGCUGGACACUGAGUGCCACUACUUCUGUCACCUGGACAUCAUCUGGGUCAACACACCCAGUAAGACAACGGUUUAUGGCCUGGGCGGAGGCUUGCUGCGACGCAAAAGGUCCGCCGGGCGCUGCACCUGUGCCCGGCUCAACGACAAGACCUGCACCGAUUUCUGCCAUUUCCGUAAUGAGAUCCAAUCUGUGAAGAAGCCUCAGCUUGACAUGCUCCACAUCUUGAGAACGGCAGCCAAUAACUCAAAGCGGGAAGUAGACACAGGGCGCGCAGGCGGACAGCAGUCGUCCCAAGCUAUGAGGGACAACGUGUGAUGAACGGGGAAGCUGCAGAAGCAGCAAGAAAGAGAGAAAGAAGGAGCAGAUGGCGAGCACCUGAACAAAUUCCACUCCUCCAGCAGAGAGGUCGCUAAGGGAUGUUUUUCGAUCCGGGAAGGCCACGUGUUAUUCUGUUUGUUCCUGCAAAUCGAAAGCUGAAAGUACAUGCCCGAGGUCUACAGGUACGCGUUGGAAACAGAAGUGGAGGAUCAGGAGAGGUGGAGAUGCAAGCGGGUUAUUUUUAACUCUGGAUGAGGAGUCUAUGGGAGCUGAAGCGACUGAGUCACAGGCCCUAAGAAAGAGAAUGCAAGUGCAAAUACAAGCAUGGAAAUAUGGGACAUGCAUGUUUUUUUUAUUUGUUUUUACUGCAAUGUAACCAAUUUAUUUUAUAUAAUUUCAAGAUUAUAUACAUAAAAUUUGUUAAAUCAGAUGAAUAAACUGAUUGGUUGAAUAUAAUGUCAGUUAUGAAUUAGCCUUUAUCAUAUGACUGAUUGCUUAAGGGAAUUGAUUCUUGUUUGUUUUGGUAAAUUAAACUUACAUCUGUAAAGCAUCAUUAAAAGAUCAAUAAAAACAAGGUCAGACA